CCUCCCACCGCCCCUAACUGCCCCACGCCGGGCAUCCGCCGACAGGCGAGUGGUCUGGGGUCAGCCUGCCUCUAAAACGACCCCAAAGGAUCCCCCUUCGCCAACCAGGAUUCCAAUUUCUGGCCUCAGGAUCGCGGGAGGUCGCGGACACCCUGCAAUUCCUCCCCGCUAUCUUCACUUUUCUUUCCAAAUGAAAACCGUACAAAUCCACAGGCACCUCCCACCCAGACGUCUAUUUCCUCGUACAUACCAAGAAAUUGAAUUGCUGAGUCACAGACCAACACCAACCAACUUUCUACCAGCCAUCAGUACCACGGCCUCAAGCUACAGGGACCACUUUCCCCACUCCAAUUUGACCCCGUAGCCUGAGCCUUCCUUGGAGACUGAGCACAUAAUACAAAGUCACCUCCAAUUCCCCAAGCGUGGCCCCGUACUGCACCAUAUCAUAGAGGGUGUCCGAGAAUACCACGCUUCCCUUUGUUUCCAACAGAACCACUUUCUUCCCAAGAUACACACCGGAUGACUGGUACAGGUCCAAUUUAACCAACUAUCAAGAGUCCAACACUUCCCGACAUAAUUCGGAGAAACUAAGAGUGGAUACAUCUCGCCUGAUUCAAGACAAAUAUCAACAAACAAGAAAAACCCAGGCAGACACAGCCCAAAAUCUGGGAGAACGUGUCAAUGACAUAGGGUUUUGGAAAUCUGAAAUCAUUCAUGAGUUGGAUGAAAUGAUUGGAGGGACAAAUGCACUUACUGAUGUGAAGAAAAGACUGGAGCGGGCUUUGAUGGAGACUGAAGCCCCUCUUCAGGUAGCCCAAGAAUGUCUAUUUCAACGAGAAAAGAGAAUGGGAAUCGAUCUAGUUCAUGAUGAAGUUGAAAAACAACUGCUGACCGUAAAUAUGGGGGAAAUGCAUCAGUCACAGGCAGCUUAGUUGUAAAUGGCUGACAGAGCGUCCCAGCAUGAGCUGGAGAAGGACCUGAGUGACAAGCAGAUGGCUUACCAGAUUGACAACAAAUGCCACCACCUGCACAACACGUCAGAUGGUGUUGGCUACUUCCGCGGAGUGGAGAGGGUCGAUGCAACUGUCUCACUGCCUGAGUCCUGGGCCAAAUUUACAGAUGACAAUAUUCUCCGCUUCCAGAGUGAACGGUCAGCUUCCACUAAGCUAAGAGAUGACAUUGAAAACCUCUUGGUUGUGACUGCCAAUGAGAUGUGGAAUCAAUUCAACAAAGUGAACUUGUCUUUCACCAAUCGCAUUGCUGAGACUGCAGAUGCUAAGAAUGAGAUUCAGAUGCACUUGGCAAAGACCCUGCAGGAGAUUUUCCAGACUGAAAUGACCAUAGAAUCCAUCAAAAAGGCCAUUAAGGACAAGACUGCCUUCCUGAAGGUGGCUCAGUCCAGACUGGACGAGCAUACACGGUGGCCGAAUAUUGAAUUGUGCCGAGACAUGGCUCAGCUACGAAUUUGCUUCUUUCACUUCCUGCCGACUUCAUGGAGCGGCUGUAGAUGCAGCCCCGGGCAAGGACAGCAUAUGUUGCAAGCAGACAAUCACAAGACCCUGAGUGCCGUAAAAGGCUUGGUCCUCUUGGAAGUCACAGCACUGGGCAGCAGAUGCCUUGUUAACGAGGUACACGAGGUUGACGACACCAUCCAGACCCUGCAGCAGCGCUUGAGGGAUGCAGAGGACACCCUGCAGGGGCUGGUCCACACCAAAGCCAUCCUCGAGUGUGAUCAGGCUGUCAAGGCCAAUUCCCUGUACAUUGACCAGGAAAAAUGCAUGAGCAUGCGCAAGAGCUACCCAACACCCUCCGGCUGGUCGGCUUCUGCUGGGGACCCCACCGGGUGUGGUUUUGAUAUCCCUAAGUUAAGGCUGAGCCAGAGCGCUGUCUCAGCAUUUGAACCAAGUGCUAAUAUAGUCACUUAUUAAAGGAUUAUGCUGAUGGAAAUGUACCAA